AUGACCUUCCAGAAAAUUUGUUUCGGGCACAAAAUAAAAAGUCUCGUGGAUUUCCUCAUCAGUUCCCACCCGAUCGCGGUGACGCUGAGGGAGCACGUCGUCUUCAAGAUCGUCCCGAUGCUCAAUCCGGACGGGGCCUUCCUCGGCAACUACAGGACGAACGUGAUGGGAAUGGACCUGAAUCGUCAGUGGACGGAACCGUCUCAGUGGGCCCACCCCACCGUCUUCUCCGCCAAAAAUCUCAUCAGCGACAUCGACGAGGACAAGAACGCGGACUUGGAUUUCGUGAUCGAUCUGCACGCACACACGUCGCUCCUCGGGGCCUUCGUUUACGGCAACAUCUACGAUGAUGUGUACAGGUACGAGCGACACAUCGUGUUCCCGAAGAUGCUGAGCCAGGUGGCGGAAGACUACAAUGCCAACAACUGCGUCUACAACCGGGAUCCCCAAAAGGUCAACUGCGCCCGAAGCGUCUCCCAGCCGCGUUUGUCCCGGCAGGUUCUCGAGUUUUCAGCCGUUUUGUUCUCGCCGCAGACUCGCAUCACGGCUCGGUCUGGAAGGGAUGAGGGAUUCCUUUACUCUGGGGAGGUGUGA